GAAGGAAGGAAGGAAAGAAGCGGAGGGAGGGAAGGAAGGAAGGCAGGGAGAUGCACCCCCAACGCCACCCUCCCAAGAGCGGCGAAGGCUCCGCGAUCGCCCCGUCCGUCCCUCCAGCGCUGCCGCCGCUGCUUUGCCGCGGCGUCUUUUUCCUGCCCGCCCGGCCGGGAGGGGAAGAGCCACCCGCCCACUUGGCUUCCUGGGGGAGGCGGCCGCACCGUCCCAGCCGCCCCGACGGGACGGGGCGGGCGCGGCUUUUCCUCCUCCUCCUCCUCCUCCUGGUCUCCGGUCCAUCAUCCCCUGCCCUCCCGCCGGGCCAGCUGGGAGCUGGGACUCCGGAGCGCAGGGCAAGCCGGACCCGCCGGGCUUGCAUAGAGCCCCCCAUGGCCGGGGAGGACCUCUUGAACUGCAACAGGGCCUUCUCUCACCCAGACUGGCUGGUCGACAUCGAUUCCCGCCUUCGGAGCCAGGAGGAAGAGCUAACCCUGGUGAAAUCGGCCUUAGCCGAUGCCCUACGGAGACUCAACGCCUAUGACCAGCAGAUACCGUGGCUUAGACAGCACCUGUUGGACGAUGCUAAAGAAGCUGCUGUACUUCCCAGAAGCAACGAUGCCCAAUGGAUCCUACCUCCGGCUGCCUCCCAAAAUUCCAGUUCAACCCUCGUCCCCAGAUUAGGAAUCCACGAAGAACAGGCGUUGGAAGCGGAGAAGCGGUCAAGGAUCAGCGUUGGGACGCAAACAGAGGACCUUAGGGUGCCGCCGGGGAAAGACAGGGGAAGGUCUCUUAGCAAUGGAGGUCUUCAACAGGCAGAGGAGACCACAGCUACGAGGGGAAAGUCCUCUCGGGACUCUUCAAACGUCGGCGAGGUGGACCUGGCUGACGUUCUCGGCGGUGACGGCCCCUUCAGAGGGGCCAAGAACUCCUUCGGGUCACUAACCGAGACGGAAAACACGACCUCUGAGCUAGAAACCGUCCAGGAGAAUCCUGAAGCCCACAGCUCCAACCAACUUCCCUCCAGCACGUGCCUCCAGGAAGCUCAAGACGUUGGAGAACCUCCGCCAGAUGCCACCAAGGACAAGCCGCCAAGCCCGGGCCAGUCACGGCUUGGGGGUCAGCCUCCAGGGCCGGCGUCCCCAUCUCCGGAGCCCCCCUUGGAAGGGGGCAACCCCAGCAGCAGCAGCAGCAGCCGAGCUUCCCCGAUCCCCAUCGUUCCGAAUGUGAUGGCCACCAAAAAGGAGCUGCUGCGAAGGAACAGUUCCUCCGACAAACUGGCCAAGACCAAACAGCACCUCCAGAAGAAAGCUGCUUCAACCGCAAAUCUCUUUAACCGCUCCAGCAGCCUCGAAAACCGAUCGAAGGAUCCCACCUUAAGCCCAGGACCGACAAGUUCUCGGCGUUUGAACUAUAACCUAGAAGGACUCUCCAUCAAGAUGUUUCUGCGUGGACGUCCCAUUACCAUGUACAUCCCUUCCGACUUCCAUAACUACGAGGACCUGCGCAUGGAGCUGCCGACUCAGAAGCUGCAACUGGACUGGGUCUACGGUUACCGGGGACGUGAUUGCCGCUCCAACCUCUACGUCUUAACAUCCGGGGAGUUGGUGUACUUCAUUGCCUGCGUGGUGGUGCUUUACCACGUCCAGCGGCGCACCCAGCGCCACUAUCUUCGCCACACCGACUGUGUGCGCUGCCUUGCAGUACAUCCUGACGGAGUCCGUGUGGCCUCGGGGCAAAUGGCCGGCGUGGACAAGGAUGGCAAGCCGCUGCAGCCCUUCGUUCACAUCUGGGACUCCGUCACACUCCUGACCCUGCAGCAAAUCGGUCUGGGCAGCUUCGAGAGAGGCGUCGGUUCCCUGGCCUUCUCCACAGCGGACGAGGGCGCCUACCUGUGUGUGAUCGAUGAAUCCAACGAACACAUGCUCUCCGUGUGGGAUUGCGUCCGCGGCACCAAGCAAGCCGAAAUCAAGAGCACCAACGAAUCGGUCCUGAUGGUGGAGUUUAAUCCCCAAGACAGUAGCAACAUCAUCACCGCUGGAAAAUCACACGUCUAUUUCUGGACCUGGGUGGGAAGCAGCUUAACCAAGAAACAGGGAAUCUUUGGGAAAUACAAGAAACCCAAGUUUAUCCAGUGCUUCGUCUUUGAUACCAACGGGGAUGUCCUGACCGGAGAUUCCGAAGGCAACAUCCUGACCUGGGCCAGGGCAGCGGCCGACAUUCGCACCUUGGGCAAGGGGGCGAAAGAGACAUAUCAGAUCAGCAAGCAAACCCACGCUCACGAAGGGAGCAUCUUCUGCCUCUGCCUGUGCCGGGAUGGUUCGGUUUUGAGCGGCGGCGGCAAGGACCGGCGUUUGGUUCGGUGGAGCCCCCUCCUCACUGUCCUGCAGGAGGUGGAGAUACCGGAGCAAUUUGGCGCUGUGCGCACCAUCGCAGACGGCGAGAGCGGGGAGCUUUUGGUGGGGACCACACGCAACGCCCUGCUACGCGGCAGUUUGGCCGAGGGCUUCAAACCCAUCAUCCAGGGCCACACGGACGAACUCUGGGGUCUGGGGACUCACCCCUCCCGGGACCUUUUCGUGACUUGCGGCUACGACAAACAACUCUGUCUGUGGGAUGGUAGUGAACACAUGAUGGCUUGGAGCCUCACCUUAGAGGAAACAGGACUCUGUGCUGAUUUCCACCCUAGUGGGAAAGUGGUGACCGUGGGACUCAGCACGGGACGAUGGCUGGUGCUGGACACGGAAACGCGGCAGGUGUUGUCCAGCUACACGGAUGGCAACGAGCAGCUGUCCGUCGUACGUUAUUCCCCAGAUGGAGAGUUUUUGGCCAUCGGUUCCCAUGACAACUUCAUCUAUAUAUAUAGUGUGGAAGAGAAAGAACAUAAAUAUACUCGUUUCGGCCGCUGCACGGGACACUCUAGUUUCAUCACUCACCUGGAUUGGUCCAAGGAUGGGAAAUUCAUCAUGUCCAAUUCCGGAGAUUAUGAAAUCUUGUAUUGGGAGGUGGCCAAAGGUUGCAAGCUAGUACGGAAUCGCUUUGACAACAGGGACCGAGAGUGGGCCUCCUACACCUGCGUGCUGGGUUUCCAUGUUUUUGGGGUUUGGCCGGAUGGUUCGGAUGGCACAGAUAUCAACGCCCUGUGCCGGUCUCACCACGAGCGGGUGGUGGCCGUCGCCGACGAUUUUUGCAAAGUGCAUCUCUUCCAAUACCCGUGCGCCAAGCCCAAGGCUCCUAGCCACGUCUACACCGGUCACGGCAGCCACGUCACCAACGUCCGCUUCACCCACGACGACGGCCACCUCAUUUCCAUGGGGGGCAAGGACACGAGCAUCUUCCAAUGGCGGGUGCUGGGGGGCAGCCCUCCGGCCAGCCGCUCCCUUUCCUCCGUUUCCUCGUACGAAGCCGGGGCCAGCACCUGAAGCUGCCGAAAUCCGGACGUAAAAAAAUUUGCAGGAUGGCGACCGAGUCGUCGCGGGUGGGGAAAUGCUCGUAGAGAUCUCCAGGUUUGGUGAUCGGAGAAUCCCCUUUCUUUGACCGGUUUUUGGCCUCUUUGCCGCCUUCUGCUUCGCUGGAGAACUUUCGUGGGCUAACCGUGCCGUCUUUUGCUUAUUAACACAAGGUGACGGGGCAGCAGCAAAGCGUGAUUUGGAUGCACCAGGCCGAAUACCACCCGCCGUGCGCCAUAAAACGUGGUUGCGUGAAACGUGGUGCAUCGAAAAGCAUCACCUGGUGGGGCUAGGAGGAUGGAGAGGUUGACGAGACCCAGACAGACAAGCAGGCAGGCGAAGGAGCCCAAAAUUUGCCUCCGGGCGUUCGCUGUUGUACAGGCCUCAAAAGUUCUGGAUUUUUUAAAGCCUAAGAGAAGAUAGGCGAACUAGAUCGCUUGCUUUAUCCCCGUUUCAGGUAGUCCUCGACUUAUGACCUGAUCUGGGGCGCGAAUAUCCGAUACCAAGCAAGGUGCUUUUCUUCAUUUUGCAAUCUUUUUUUAAACAAUUAUUUUUUGGGGGGGGCGGGAGCCACGGGUGUUAGGCGGAAUCGCUGCCGUCGUUCGGUAAGUCGCACCGUCGUUAAGCGGAUUUGGCAUCCCGCCCCCAUCUGUUGUUCAGCGAAGGGCAUCUGGUUUCAUGACCUUCUUGCCAUGACGGUUAAAUAAAUCACUGAGGUUCUUAAGUGAGUCAGGAGGGCUUUAAACCAAUCCGGUGUCAGGCCUGGAAGCCAAAUUUUUCGUUGGAUCUUCCUUGACUUUGCUGGUCGGGAAGCCAGCUGGGAAGAUCCCCAAUGGGGAUGACGUGACCCCCCCCGGGACGCUUUGACCGUCAUAAAUACAUGCAGUUGGAUCAUGUGACCCUGGGGAUGGUCGCAACGGUCGUAAGUGCGAAAAACGGUCAUAAAUGAGUUUCGUUCAUCAUCGGAACUCCGGACGGACACUAAACGAACAGAAUUGUUAUAAGUCAUGGAUUACCUUUAUAUAGCACUGCUUCCCAAAUCUGGUGAAUUACCUAAAAUUGAGUAAAUGUGGGGGUUUUGGUGUUGUUUUUUUUUUUUUUGUAGCAAGGCACAAACCCAUUAAUGGUUUUGCGGAAGGAACGACAUGCCGAGCCAUCAGCGCAAAAUGUUAUUUGAAUAAAAGAAGCACCAUUUGGGAUCCUUUAGGCUAGUAAAUUCAGGAUGAAUCGCCUGUGAGGCGGCCAUGGGCCCUCACAGAAAUGGCAGAAAAUAAAUAGAAUUAAAUAUCCAAGGGCUUUACAUCGGUGAAGAAGCCUUUUCCAUUCCACCCUUCAUAAAUGUGCCAAGAAAUGAAAACGUUCGUUGAAUUCCGAAAAUAGUUUGGGGUUUUUAGAAGGAAAAAGGUUAAGAAGCGUUGCUGUUUUAUUAUUUUAUGGAUUUAAAAAAUAACAACACCCUGACUCUGUUUUUCCUAUCAUUUUGGACCUAGCUGGGUCCGACAUGUAAAUAGGCACCCCAAAAAGGAAGGUUUUGAUAUUUGGAGAGAGAAAUAAAUGUUUGCAUCUCAAAUUCUCAUAA